AUGGGAACUUUUACAUUUCAAUGGCCUUAUAAUGCGAGCGAGGUGUUCGUUACAGGCACUUUCGAUGAUUGGGGUAAGACGGUGAAACUGGACCGGGUUGGCGACAUCUUUGUCAAGGAAGUGACGAUUUCCCCUGUACAAAAAGUUCACUACAAGUUCGUUGUCGACGGUAUUUGGACUACAGACGCCAACGCACCUCAAGAAGACGACGGGCAUAACAACACCAACAACGUGCUCCUACCAGAAGAUAUCAAGCCCUCCGCCCUCGUCUCCACUAUGUCUGGCGUGACCCCUGAUUCUACAACCGCGGCUCUCGCUGCUAGGGUUCCCAAGGAGCCCAAUGGGGAUCUGCCUGGUACUUUCCCAGAGACUCCGGGACAAGAAUCCGAACAGACCUUGUCCGUGGCUCCCAUCCCAGCUUCGGCGGGUUAUGGCAACCCCGUCAGCCUGAACCCAGGUGACGAAGUCCCUCAUCACAGCACCCUCCACAACAACACCAUCGAAUCAACUGUCACUUUGGACAAAGAGUCAUACGAGAAGGGCCAAACUAUCCCUCCUGGCGCUGGGCCCGAGUUCACUGACCCUAACACCGCUGAUUCCGCGUUUACCCUCCCCCCACUCACAAACGACAUGAUUCCUGAAUCCAGUCUUCCGAUCGGUGGACCUGCACAACGCGCCGCAUCCAGUGCGACCGAGCCAAUUUAUACCGGAGGACCGGCGCAGCAGGCAGUGACUGCCGAUCCAGGAUACAACAUCCAGUCUGCUGCCCCUAACUCGACCACCGCAGCACUAGCUGCUGCCGUGCCACUGGAGCCAAAGGGCAAAGAAACGACCAACGGUGAGCCCGUCGACGAGGUCCCUCAGAUUGUAAAGGACUCGUUAGCCGAGGCCCACAAGGAACCGGAGGCUGCCGCGAACCAGGAAGCAGUCGAUGAGAAGAAUGCCCUUGAGGAGGAACUGCACAAGAAGGUCCCGGUGGAAGAGUCCGCGGGUACUCCGGCGCCUACCGUUACUGCGGCCACCCAGGCCAUCGCGCCUCAUCUCACUGUUGCUACAGGUGUAGACUCGGCAGAUGUGUCGCCGCUUUCGACCCCUCCUCUCGGUAGCAGUUUCGCUGCCCCAGCCGAUAUCCCAAAAUCGGUGCCGAAGAGUACCGAGUCCAAUGGGCCGACUGUCACAACUGGCCCUGAGACUACUUCUACUGCCGAAACAUCGACCGCCGCGCCUGCAGAACCUGCAGCUCCUACUGUGACGACCGGAGUUGAGUCUUCUCAGGCACCUGCUACUUCGACCGCAAAGCCCGCAGAGCAGGCUCGCAAACAGUCCCACAGCACCGAAGGUGCCUCUACUAAUGGCGAAAAGAAGAGGAAGCACCGCCUGAGUACCUUUUUGGGCAAGCUCAAGGAAAAGCUCAAGUAA